CGUUUCUUUUCACCAAUGGCCCGGAAAAGGAUCCCACUGGCCAGGAAGUUUUUUUCUGAGGUUUCCCCGAGCCUUGGCAAUGACUCCAGGGUGACUUCUUGGGUCACUCCAGGUUCCCCGCUCUCCCGAAACAGCUGACACGCGCCGGGGCGCGCGGUCCGAGCCGGGGCAAUGGGCCCGCGAGCCCGGCCCGCGCUCCUCUUCCUGAUCCUCUUGCGGACCGUGGCCACGCAGGGGCGACCGCCGCGGUCACACUCUCUGCGCUACCUCUUCAUGGGUGCCUCAGAGCCGGACCUUGGGCUCCCCCUGUUUGAGGCCUUGGGCUACGUGGACGACCAGCUGUUUGUGGCCUACAAUCACGAGAGUCGCCGUGCAGAGUCCCGCGCCCAGUGGGUUUUGGGUGGGGCAACCAGCCAGCUGUGGCUGCAGCUGAGUCAGAGCCUGAAAGGGUGGGAUCACAUGUUCAUCGUUGACUUCUGGACCAUCAUGGACAACCACAACCACAGCAAGGUAAUGAAGCUGGGGAUGUUGCCAGAGUCCCACACCCUGCAGGUGAUCCUGGGCUGUGAGGUGCAAGAGGACAACAGCACCAGGGGGUUCUGGAAGUAUGGAUAUGAUGGGCAGGACCAUCUUGAAUUCUGCCUUGAGACACUGGAUUGGAGAGCAGCAGAGUCCAAGGCCGUGACUACCAAACUGGAGUGGGAAGUGAAUAAAAUUCGGGCCAAGAAGAACAAAGCUUAUCUCGAGAGGGACUGCCCUGAGCAGCUGCAGUGGUUGCUGGAGCUGGGGAGAGGGGUGCUGGACCGGCAAGUGCCUCCUUUGGUGAAGGUGACUCAUCAUGUGGCCUCUGCAGUGACCUUUCUACGGUGUCAGGCUCUGAACUUCUACCCCCAGAACAUCACCGUGAGGUGGUUGAAGGACAGGCAGCCAGUGGAUGCCAAGGAUGCCGAGUCUGAGGACGUGCUGCCCAAUGGGGACGGGACCUACCAGACCUGGGUGGCUUUGGCUGUGACCCCUGGGGAAGAACAGAGAUACACCUGCCAGGUGGAGCACCCAGGCCUGGAUCAGCCCCUCACUGCAACCUGGGAGCCCUCACUGUCUAACACACUGGCCAUUGGAGUCAUCAGUGUGAUUGCUGUUUGUGUCAUCAUCUUCUUUACUGGAAUUUUGUUCAGAAUCUUAAGGAGAAGGCAAGCUUCAAGAGGAGCCACGGGGGACUACGUCUUAGCUGAAUGUGAGUGAAGUGCAGCCAGCAGACCGCUCGUGGGGAGGACACAUAAUUCGAGACUCAGAGAGGGUGCGCUUGUGGUGUUCUUCAUGUUUCAGGACAGAGUUGGACCUAACAAUUGGGAAGUGUCCCAGGAACUUGCUGCUCUUUGCUUUCCCUAUUCAUUCUCAAAAAGUUUCCCCCAUUUAAGUUUUUGAGUUCCUGCAUGCUAAGGAGCCCCAGCUGUGACCUUCCCCCAAGAACUGGCUCUCAUGGAUCUCGAGCUGCAUCUAGAGCCUGCCUUCAUUUCCUGCAUCAUCUCAGACUCCAUACAGCUACAUCAGCUCCUCUCCUACCUCUGGAAUAGGGCUCCUUAAAUUUAGGGGACUUUUAACAUCUGAGAAAAGCUAUGGACCUUCUCCUUGGUACAUACACUCUCACACCCUGACCUGAAGUUUGCACACCCAUCCAGGCAUUUCCUAGACCCACUCAAGUUUCCUUUUAAUCCUCGCUCCCUCUGUUAUCCAGUAACUCAUCUGUCACCAAACCGUGUGGUCUCUUCCAUCAGAGGGUGAUCUGGGCAUUGUACAACUGUGAAGGCUGUGCACUGCACAACCCGAGGAGGCACAUUUCCCAGAAGAGGCAUCAAGGACGUUUGUGUGUAUUAUGAUAGUUUUCCAGAAAGUGAGUGGGAAGUGUCUUAAGGAGAGGUGUCUUUUUCUAAUUUGCACAAAGGUGUCAGAUAAGUUUCUUUAGAUUAUGCUUGCAUUUAUAAUAUCUGUCUGGUAUGCCAGACUGGAAGUAGCACAGUAAUUUUCUACUUGGUCUCUGCUGACCCUGUCUCCUUGUUCUGAUAAUUAAAAUGAUAAUAAGGAUGAUGAUGAUAAUGAUAAGGUGGCUGACACUUAUUAAAAAAAAAAAGGACUUACUUGGUGCCAGACUUAGUUCUGAGCACCUACUUACAUGCAUCAUCUCAUGCAGUUCUGAUAAUAAUUCUUUGAUAUAAGUACAGAUCUUCUUCGACUUACAAUGAGGUUGCAUCCCAGUAAAGCCAUCAUUCCACUGAAAAUAUAGUCAGCCAAAAACGCAUUUAAUAUACCAAUGUAUUGAACAUCAGAGCUUAGCCUAGCCUACGGUAAAUGUGCUCAGAACACUUACGUUAGCUUACAGUUGGGCAAACUCAUCUAACACAAAGCCUAUUUUAUAAUAUAGUGCUGAAUAUCUCGUGUAAUUUAUUGAAUAGUGUAAUGAAAGUGACAAACAGAAUGGUUGUCUGGGCACAGAAUGGUUGUGAGUGUAUCGGUCGUUCACCAUCAUGCUGGCGUGGCUGACUGGGAGCUGCAGCUCAGGUGCCACUGCCCAGCAUCCCGAGAGAGGACCGUACCACAUGGCGCUAGCCCACGAAAAGAUGAAGUAUGGUUUCUACUGAAUGUGUAUUGCUUUUGCACCAUUGUAAAAUCAAAAAAUCAUAAUUUGAAGCAUCAUAAGUCAAGGACUUUCUGUACUAUUCUCCUCACUGCUUUUUUAGAUGAAGAAAGUGACAGUUUGCUGGGGAUAGAGAUAGGUUUCGAACUCGGUCAGUCUGACUCUGAUCCACCUUGCACGCCGCCAUGUUCAGCAGGCUUAGAUGCCUGGAGUAAGGCAGGAGGGAGGAGAUGGCCAGAGAGAGAGCUCUUCUCCUGGAUCCUUGUUUUUAUUCUCAGUGGGUUUGACCCAAAUGAAGGGAAAACAGCAGAAAACAAUCUCAACCAUGUUUCCUUUCAAAGUCCCUGUGGGAAGCAGCCCAGAAUGUGACUCCUCUUGUCCUCUGUUGCCACCGCCAGCCUGCUCUCCCUGGCACCUCUCUUAGGCCCCAGGCCAGGACUGUGAUUGUUGGUGUCAGUUAGUGGCUGUGUUGGACCUGACAGUGUUCUCCCUCCACCAGGGCCUCUGGUGGCAUUUCCCUCCAUGAACUGGAGCAACCUUUCCCAUAUUAAAGGUGGAAAAACGGAAGCCAUCAAGUGGCCUGGAGGGUACCCCAGGCAUGUUCCUGGGUUCCCUGGGAGUCUGGCUCUCAUCCCCAACUGUGCACAUUAAAAAAAAAUUAAUCUAACCAGGUCACUCAGGAAUUAAUAGAUCCUUGGAAAGUAAUUCAUCUGAUCAUGUUCAAAAGAAAACUAACUUACGCACUUGCAGGGCAUGUGCCGGCUUUAUGCUGCUCCAUACAUUUGGUUGCAUAACUGUGGUACUAGACAUGCUGUCUCAGAGGGCAGACACCUCAAGAAACCAAAUACUGCACAAAAGUUUGUCUAGUAGGUCUUGAAUUUGGGCAAAGUGAUCUCAACUAUGUUUGUAAACUUUUCUUUUUUUCUGGUUACAAAAGUUAAGUGGAUGAAAAUACCUAUAAUUUGUGCUUACCGCAGAAGAGUUGAAAAUGAAUUCAAUUGAAACUUAUUCCAUUAACCAGUGAUAGACUCUAUUAACAAUUUGUGUAUUUCCUCUUAGUAUUAUUUCUUUAUUAAAAUAUAGAAAAUUAACAAAUACAUGUAUUUUAAUAAAUGGACAAUUGUGUUGUGUACUGCAUGAUUUUUCUGAGGUACUUGUCCAUCUUAUGUAUAUACUUAAUCGACUUAAUCAUUAUGUCAUUUUGCUUCUAAUUUUUUUAUGUUUUAUUUUAUGGAAUAUUUUCAUUAAACAAUGGUAGCUGAA